CUUUAACAUUUCUUACCAUCCUCCUCAAGAGACAUCAUCAAUCAAACACAAAACAAUUAUGGCAACCAAAUUUGGUUUUAAACAACAAGCCUCAAGGAAACAAUCAUUUAAACAACAUUUCAAAGUAUGCUUUUGUUUCAAUAGAAUGUUUAAGCUUAAGGUAGCUGAACCACCAGAGGAAAUCAACAAUAUUUUUUAUAGGUAUACACAAAAUGGUACCAUGAACAUAGAUGAAUUGUACAACUUUUUAGUUCAUUUUCAAGGAGAAGAGAGUGAUGAUGCUACUUUAAGACAUGCUCAAGCAGUUUUCCACAGUUUAAGGCAUCUCAAUAUAUUUCAAAGGAGAGGUCUUCAUUUUGAUGCCUUUUUUCGCUAUCUCUUUGGUGACCUUAAUGGUCCCCUUAAUGAUCAGGUGCAUCAAGAUAUGAAUGCUCCAUUGGCACAUUAUUUUUUGUACACAGGACACAAUUCCUACUUAACUGGAAAUCAAUUGAGCAGUGAAAGCAGUACUGCCCCAAUAAUAAAGGCUCUUAAAAAAGGAGUUAGAGUAAUUGAGUUAGAUUUAUGGCCAAAUUCUAGAGAAGAUGAUGUAGAAGUUCGUCAUGGAGGUUGUAGGACUCUGACUUCUUCAGUGAAACUAAGAGAUUGUUUGAAUGCCAUUAGGGACAAUGCAUUUGAGGCCUCUAAGUAUCCUGUUAUAAUAACUUUUGAAGACCAUAUAACUCCACCUCUUCAACGCAAAGUGGCCAAAAUGGUGGAUGAUAUAUUUGGGGGUAUGUUGUUUCGGCCGAGUUAUUCACAUCAAAUGAAGAAUUUUCCUUCACCAGAAUCGUUGAAGGAGAAAAUUUUGAUUUCAACUAAACCACCGGAGUCUCCUGAAAUUCAAGGACAAAGAAUACCAGCGGAAGAAGUUGAGUGGCUUGAGGACAAAGAUGAUAAAUCUAGAGUAAAUGAAAAGGUCCUCUAUAUUAAUCGAGUAGCCCAAAACCUCCGAACGUAUUGGGACGGCCCCGAUGAUGAGAGUGAAGAGGAUGAGACACUUGGAUAUAGAAAUUUGAUUUCUAUUCAUGCUGGGAAGCCAAAAGGUAAUGUAGAACAUUGGUUGAUGGAACAUGAUCAAGUUAGGCGUCUUAGCUUGAGUGAGCAAGUUCUUGAAGAAAUUGCCAAAACUCGUGGAACUGAUAUUGUCAGAUUCACCCAAAGGAAUUUACUUAGAAUAUAUCCAAAGGGUUCACGAGUAGACUCCUCCAAUUAUGAUCCUAUGAAUGGAUGGAUGCAUGGAGCUCAAAUGGUAGCAUUUAAUAUGCAGGGACAUGGACAUUAUCUUUGGUAUAUGGAAGGAAUGUUCAAAGCCAAUGGUGGUUGUGGGUAUGUUAAGAAACCUGACUUCUUAUUGAACAAUAAUAAGAUCUAUGAUCCUAAAAUAAACAACAGAUCAAUCCUAAAAACUUUGCAGGUUGUAGUAUACAUGGGUGAGGGGUGGCAAUCAGAAUUUGGACAAACACACUUUGAUUUUUAUUCUCCACCUGAUUUUCGUGUACAGGUUGGUAUUCAUGGUGUCCCAGUUGACACAGACACUAAAAUAACAAGGACAAUUGAAGAUGAGUGGGUCCCAAUUUGGAAUGAAGAAUUAAUAUUUCCAUUAACUUGUCCAGAAUUAGCCAUAUUACACAUUAAAGUUAUUGAACGUGACUUUUCUGGACAACAUGAUUUUGCUGGACAAACAUGUUUACCUGUUUCUGAACUUAAAGAAGGAAUUCGCGCUGUUCGUUUAUGUGACCGUAAAGGUGAACCUUACAAGUAUGUUAGGCUUCUAAUCCAAUUUAGAUUUUCUAAUCACUAGUGUUGCUGCAUACAAUUCUCUGUUGUGAUGCUAGUUGUAUUUGUUGUGGUUAUUAUUAAGGACAUUAACACAAAUUAAAAUGUAUAAUGAGUAAAAUUUAUCAAUGUGUAAUGUACAUUCAUGAA